GCCAGCACAACGUUGACGUGUGUGAACCUAUUCGUGUUGCCAUACAAUUACCCAAUACUACUGCCCCUAUUGGAGGACCUGUUCAAAGUGCAGUCCGGCAAACCCACUCGCGAGUGGAAAGUCCAGUUCGACAACUAUCUCAAGAUUAUGCCACUGUAUUACGCGUCGCCGUUGAAGCGAGCGCUCCAGCGUAUGGGCGCUCCCAAUCUGGUGCCCGACAAUAUGGAGAACUGUCUCUCAUAUCCGGUCCUCAAUUACUUGAAACGUCUCAAGAAUUUGGCGAAAGCCGAGUACGAGAAGCUCGUGGCCAGCGUUGGCACCAUUAAGCCGCCGGCGAUGCUUCAGUCGGAGGGCAACCGUGUGGUCAACAGCAGUCCAAAUAUGCGCAAAAUGUCUGAACUCGGCCUCUGCUCUAAUCCGUUGCUCUCCAAGCGAUUCGUGUCACUGAAGAACGAAUUAAACGAAUUUCCCGGUUUUGUGAUCCGAUUCCGCGACAAAUACGCCAACGACUCGAAGACCCACUGCUAUCGGAACGCGUUUGACAUAAACCGGACGGAACUGUUGGAUCAGAUCAUGAGAAUGCGUACGAAUUUCAUGCAACGCCACACCACUGCCAUCCGGUAUCAGGACGAGGACCAGUUGCACAGUUUGCCAAUCGCUCAGAUGGGCAACUAUCAGGAGUAUCUGAAGCGAAUGCCUGUGCCGUUACGCGAGUUGGAGUCCACACCAGUCCGACAGCACAUGUUUGGCAAUCCGUUUAAAGUGGAUAAGAGAGGAAUGAUGAUGAUUGACGAGACCGACAUCGAUCUGGUCGGCAGCGGAGGCGGUGGUGGCGGCGGGUCGUCGCCCGCGCGCAGCCCUAAGCGUACGGCCACUGAUAUCUAUCUGAAUGGCCCGAAGCCGAAGCGCAAACCGGGGCCUCUGCCCAAAGACUUUCCGAUGCGACCGCUCAGUCCGAUCCCUAGUCCGCCGCCAUCUCCCACACCAAUGACGGCCAUUCAGUUACAAUCAUUCCCAUCGACACCACCGCCAUCGCCAUUACCGACGCACACGCCCUCAGCCUCACCAUCACUGCCACCUCCGAUGCAGACAUCAGUAGUGAAAGGCGUGGCCAACGGUAGCGCAGUGUUGGGUCGACCUAAAGAUCAUUUGACGUUAAAUCCGUUGACAACGUCGACGACAGUCAACAGUGAAAUGAAUCAAAAGUCAGUGAUAGUAACGCCUAAAAGUAGUGCCACAGAGACUACUAAUUCUUCGCCGAUCGCAUCGACACCACAUCCCAACUCAUCCGCCGCUCAGAGCUUACCAUUGAAUUCGAUUCAAAACAACUCAUCGACAAUAGAUUUAGACAUUCAUAAUUCAAUAAAUUUGAAAACUAAUCCACCGCUUGUAGUGCCGGUCAACGGACGGUUAAGCGGCGCUCAGCCUUCGCCGUCAUCGCCGCCCCCGUCGGCCAACGAACUGACAAACCAUAGCGAACACAAUGGCACCGAUAAUCGGGCCAACAGUUUGGCCGCCAAGAAAGUCCAGUUAACGCCCGAAGAGUUUGAGUUAAAGCGAUAUUUGUUUAAAUUGGUCCGAAGGCCCGGAAGAAAUUUCGAUGAAUUACUUCGCGAAUUGUCACACAUUCGGCUCUCACUGCGCGACCAACUGUUACAGGAGGUGAUAGCGGAGGCCAAUCGGUUUAAGCGCCGGUCGCUGAUUGAGUUGUUGUGCAACACAUUCAAACGCUCGCCGCACGACAUGCUGUCCGCCUGUGGUGUGGAGAGUGUGUGAUAUAAACCGAUUAUUUAUAUAAAUAUAAAUGUGUUGUUUAUUUUAAAUAUAUUAUUGUUAUAUUUUGUUGUUAUUAUUCACACACAAUGUUUUUUUCGGCCACCAAAAAGGCAAAACCGAUCGGUGCUCUCAUUCACAUCCCAGACAGUCGUCAGACACACGCUAUUCAGUCGCCAAAUGUGUGGUUUCGCUGCAAAUGAAAGUGUGAUUAUUGAGGAAAUGAAGUGAAAUUGUGUUUUAUUUAAUGAGUUUUUAUUUAAUUAUGACGACAAGAGGGGUGGGGGCGACACAACCUGUUGUCUAGUGUGGUGUCCAGCCCUCAGCCCACACACACACACAUCCGAUGUCUCUCUCCUCCCGAGAGAGUAAUGGGCACUAAAUCUUCUAUUUAUUUUAGAAGCAAACUGUGAUUUAUUCGCCACUAAUUUCUAUACAUUAAUUAUUAUUGAGAUAAUAAGUUAUUCAUUAUUUGAAAUUGUAUUUUCUUUUCAAAUGAUAUCGUUUUUUGUCGAUCUUUUUCAUGAGAUUUCUUUAAUGAAAUUUUUUUCAUAAAAAUAAAUUUUAAGUUUUAAACGA